GUUCCGAUCAGUGGUCAAAUGGGAAAACCGUAUUUGAAAAUGGUAUUUUAGAAACGACUCCAAAGAGUCCAUAUACGGAAACACAAAGAGCCAUGUUCGGAAAAACAAAUGGUGGGUCGAGAGUUCCAAAUUCAGCUUGCAGAACAUAACAGAUACUGGAGACGCCAAACUUCUUACACAGGUACCACAGAACUAUGAAGAAUGGCAAAAGAUAGAAGCAGGCUUCAGAACUAGAUAGAAUUUUCCUGGUUGCUAUGGCGCUAUAGAUGGGAAGCAUGUAUUGAUUCAAGCACCUCCGAACUGUGGAAGUGAAUUUUUGACUACUGUUUCCGUGAUGUUAAUAUCGAAGCAAAUGGAAGAAACUCGGACAGUGGAAUUUUCAGAAAUAGCGCAUUAUAUAGCGACCUUGAAAACAAUAUGCUACCAACAGGUGGUUUUCUAGUUGGUGAUGAUGCUUUUGCACUGAAGACAUUUUUAUUGAAACCAUACAGUGGCACAAACCUCACAAGAGUACAAAAAAUAUUUAACUAUCGAUUAUCCAGAGCACGUAGAAUAGUUGAAAAUGCAUUUGGCAUCCUAACAAGCAGAUUUAGAAUAUUUCAAAAACCUAUACCAACUGACGUCAACACAACCGAUAAGAUUAUUCGAGCCUCACGUGCUCUGCAUAAUUGGUUGCGCCUAACAAGUCCCAGUUGUUACUUUCCAAAGGAUUGCGUGGACGUAGAAGAUAUUGACUCUGGAACAAUUGUUGAAAGGACUUAGAAACAGGAACUCAUAGCCACCUUGCCAUCUAUCACCAAUCACACUACCAAUAAUUCACCACGAAUAGCAAGAAAUCUCAGAGAUAAGUAUGCCGAAUACUUUAGUGGAGCAGGUACUGUUGUAUGGCAAGAUAGAAUGAUUUCAUAGUUGUAACCAAACCAAAUAAACUACUUAC